AAGGCGACAUGGCGGCGCUGUGUCGGCCCCGUGCCUUGGCUGCCGAGAGCCUUUUUCUGAAACGGUUUCUCUUCGCCAGCCCCUACCGAGGUGCGGGCUCGGAGAGCGGGAGUUCGGCCUCGCCCGCGCCUCAGACGCGCCCGGGCGGUUUCGCGAGCGCGCUGGAGCGGCACACGGAGCUGCAGCGGAAGGAGUACCCAAAAAAUGUGGAAUCAUUUGCAUCCAUGCUGAGACGCUCUCCUCUGACACAGAUGGGGCCUGCUAAGGAUAAAGUGGUCAUUGGACGAAUCUUUCAUAUCGUGGAAAAUGAUCUUUACAUAGAUUUUGGCGGCAAGUUUCACUGUGUAUGUAAAAGGCCCGAAGUGGAUGGCGAGAAAUACCAUAAAGGAGCCAGGGUCCGACUGAGGCUCUUAGAUCUGGAGCUAACAUCUAGGUUCCUGGGAGCGACUACAGAUACAACGAUACUGGAGGCUGAUGCGGUUCUCUUAGGACUCCAGGAGAGCAGAGACUCAAAAUCAAGAGAGGAGCAUCAAGAAAAGUAAAUGACAAUGACUCUGACUACUGUGUGUACUUUUCUCAGCCUGGAUUGUCAUCAAGAAUGCAAUUAGACAACUGUGAAUAAGGCAUUGAAUGUUGAUACAAUAAAUGAAAACUAAUCAUAAA